GUUGCUGUCAACAAACAAUUUCCACAAAAUGUGUAAGUUUGUAUAGUAUUCUCUUUUGUGAAUAAGCUCCUUACAUUUAGAGGAGACGCUUUAUAGUUCCAUUUAGUUUGGCGCCCCAGGCUGACCGGCGCCUGUCAGUGCCUGUAAACCUGAACGCCGCCAACCGGAGCUGGGCAGUUAGCUGCAUUGCUAACUAAGGCUAUACCAACUUUUCAGCACCAGAUUGGGAAAAUGGACUCCGGUUUUUCCACUGCUAUUUGCAAAGAUGCUUCCUUACCUGUAGCCUCACUGCGCCUGCUGGUCCCCCCUGUCCAACUCCUUACCGCUUCUAUGUGGCAGGUGCUGAAGAAAAAAGACAUCAUGAACUACUGGAAGGUGGCAGAGUUUGUCACGCUGGUGCUGGAUAUGGUCCCGGAUCUGCUGAUGCUCAAGCACAGAAUUCAGCUGAACUUGGGUUUAAGAGCUAGAUACAUUCUGGAAUUGUGCCGAAGUGAACAAACUGUAAAGGCAGAGACAAUCCUGUUUUACCUGGAAAAGCUCAAAUCAACACACUCCACCCUGGUGGAUCAGGUGAGAGGGUCAGAAGAGGACGAGGUAACGGUGAACUUUCACGAGCUGGUUCAGAGUCUGCUCAAAGACCCAGAAGAAAGACUGGAGUUUUUCAUGGAUGUCUUCCCCGCAGAAUACGGCCCUCAGUACGACACUGACUUGCAGACGCUGUUUUCCGAGUUCCUCUGCCGGCUGGCUCAGCUGUUGCCGGUGCCCGACUUUGAGCAGACUGUCUUGUGGCUCGGAGUGGACAGCUCUGUGUUGGAUGAUUCUUUGCACACAGUGUCUGAGCCUACAGACUUAAAGAAUCUACUCCAGCAUCACAGGAACCUCGGGCAUUUAGAGCAACAUCUUCCGCCCACUUGCAUGGGCGACAUCGUCCUGUCUUCGCUCUCGGCCACUCGCCCCACAAAGCCGGCCGGCCAGCUGGCUCCACAGCUCUCCGUAGCGUUUGUGGACGACGUUGCAGUUGAAGUAAUCGCGGCGUCCGAUUGCGCCGAGGUGGAGGUCGAUGCGAGCACCGACGCCGAAGGGGCGGCCGGAGAAACCUGGCCAGAGGCCGGGGAAACCUGCCCGGUGGCCGAAUGCUCCAAAGAGGACCCGAGCACAGAGGAGCCCACGCCGUCCCGGGGCCCGCACGACUGCCCGCACUGCCCCAAGAGCUUCCGGUUCGCCUCCUCGCUCCUGGCCCACAGCGUGAUCCACACGGGGGCGCGCCCCCACGGCUGCGGCCAGUGCGGCCGGCGCUUCUCCUUCCGGCAGUCGCUUGACCGGCACCGGCAAACCCACCGGGCCGGACGCACGUACGACUGCCCGGUCUGCGGCCGGACGUUCCACUCGCUGUCCGCCCGCACCGAGCACAAGCGGACGCACGCGGAGGGGGGCGGGGCCUACGCCCGCGGCCCACAGAGCGGCGAGGACGGGGAAGAGGGGAACCCCACCAUCCCGUUAACAGUCCGAGCAAGCGGGCGCAAGCGCCGACCCACCAUGAAGAUCCAGGAGAUAGAUGUCCAGAAGCGCACGGCCGCUAAGAAAAAGGAGGUCAACCGGCUGGACCCUCCGGCUCCAACCGCUCUGCCCAUCGUUUGUUCCGAGCACUCGUAUGGGUCCCCCAGGGUGUCCAAAGGAGGUGAUGAAGGUUCUUCGGCAGAUGCCUUGCCGGCCACUUUCCACCAACCGGGCGCGACGGAGACACCGGAGGCGCCGGCGGCCGACGGGGCGUCCCGGUGCGCCGACUGCGGGAAAAGCUUCCGGUUCCAGUCGCUGCUCCGGGCGCACCGGCGGACGCACACGGGCGAGCAGCCCUUCCUGUGCGCCCAGUGCGGCCAGCGCUUCUCCUUCAAGCAGUCGCUGGAGAGGCACCGGCACACGCACGGCGCCGGCCGCCGGGAGCCCCCCCCCCCCCUCCAGACCCACGCCUGCAGCUGCGGGAAGAGCUUCUCCGGCCGGGCGGCGCUCACCGCCCACCGCCGCACGCACCAGACGGAGCGGCCGCACGCCUGCCCGCAGUGCGGGAGGGGCUUCCUGUACCGGGGCGGCCUGCGCAGCCACAUGAAGAUCCACUCCUCGGAGAAGCCCUACGCCUGCGCGCACUGCGGGAAGCGCUUCAAGAGGGAGCGCAACAUGAAGAAGCACGAGCGCUGCCACACCCGGGAGGACGUGUUCCGCUGCUCGCAGUGCGACAAGAGCUUCGUCUACAAGGCCACGCUGGUCCGGCACGAGCUGACCCACUCCGGCGAGAGGCCCUACCUCUGCGCCCACUGCGGGAAGGGCUUCUUCUCCCACGCCGAGCUCCUCAAGCACGAGCGCUUCCACACGGGCCACAAGCCCUUCCAGUGCCCGCACUGCGACAAGAGGUUCACGCAGUCCUGCUACCUGACCGUGCACCUGCGCUACCACACGGGGGCGCGGCCCUACUCCUGCCCCCAGUGCGCCAAGGGCUUCCUGAGCGCCAACCGCCUAAAGAGGCACCAGCGGACGCACUCCGGGGAGAAACCCUACCUCUGCGGGGAGUGCGGGAAAGGGUUCGGGCAGUCUUACCACCUCAAAAUGCACCAGAGAACGCACGCGGCCUAA